CGGCCGGAGGGCGCAAGGCGGCGCGGGUGCCGCACGGUCUCCCGCACGAGUGAAGGGGCAGUGGCGGCAGGGGUAGGUUCGGCCGCGCGGACCGAGCUCCUGGCUUGGGCAGGUCACCAGCACAGGGCUGCAACCAUGAGCCUGGUGGCCUGCGAGUGCCCUCCGGGACCUGGCCUGGAGCCUGAGCCUUGCUCUCGAGCUCGGUCUCAGGCCCGCGUAUACCUGGAGCAGAUUCGCAACCUGGUGGCUCCUGGGCCCCCUGACAUGACCAAGCGUGACUACCUGGUGGACGCCGCCACGCAGAUCCGGCUGGCCUUGGAACGUGAUGUCAGUGAGGACUACGAGGCCGCCUUCAACCACUACCAGAAUGGCGUGGACGUGCUGCUGCGCGGCGUGCACGUCGACCCCAACAAGGAGCGAUGUGAGGCUGUGAAGCUGAAAAUUACCAAGUACCUGCGGCGGGCCGAGGAGAUCUUCACUUGCCACCUGCAGAAGACCCUGGGUGGGGGAGCCAGCCCUGGCACGGGCUUCAGCACGCUGAGGCUCCGGCCCAUCCGCACACUGAGCUCUGCCCUGGAGCAGCUGAGGGGCUGCAGGGUGGUCGGGGUCAUCGAGAAGGUGCAGCUGGUCCAGGACCCAGUGACCGGAGGGACCUUCGUGGUAAAGAGCCUGUCCAGGUGUCCUGUGGCGAACCGGGAGCGACUGACCAUCAUCCCGCACGGUGUCCCCUACAUGACCAAGCUGCUUCGCUACUUCGUGAGUGAGGACUCCAUCUUCCUGCAGCUGGAGCAUGUGCCAGGAGGCACUCUCUGGUCACACCUGCUCUCCCAGGAGCAGCCCCAACAGUCUGGGGGCAGAUCUGGCUCCAGCCCAGAGAGGAUGAAGGCUCCACUCACCCCGCCCCUCGGCCUCCAGACCCCAGCACUGCUCCCCCAGGAACGCACCCGCCUGCAGGACAGAAUCCUUCUGGAGCCUCCGCGGACUUCCCAGAGACUUCCCCCCGCCAGGGAGGCCCCGCCCGUCACGCCCCAGAGGGAGGCUGAAGGUGACCCCUCCGCCAGGACCCAUACUUCCUGCCCCUCGGACUUUCCGAAGGCCCCAGGUGGCCACCUGCACCUCCAAGCCAGGCGUCGACCAGGCCAGAGCUCGGACGUGAGGCCCUCUUGGGGGCUCCCUUGGGUUCAUCAGGGGGCCGUCCGGGUGCUGGGGGCCUGUGGCCGAGGCAGGAGUCCGAGCUGCCCCUUAGUGGCUAGGGCCCGCCCGGGGUCCGGCUGGGGCGCCUGGAGAGUUAAGGAGGAGCAGGUGAAGCAGUGGGCGGCGGAGACCCUGCUGGCCCUGGAGGCACUGCACCAGCAAGGGGUGCUGUGCCGAGACCUCAACCCCCGGAACCUGCUCUUGGACCAGGCAGGUCACAUCCGGCUCACGUAUUUUGGCCAGUGGUCCGAGGUGGAGCCCCACUACUGCAGGGAGGCCGUGGACAAUCUCUACAGUGCCCCAGAGGUGGGGGGGCUUUCUGAGCUGACGGAAGCCUGUGACUGGUGGAGCUUCGGGUCUCUGCUCUAUGAAAUGCUGACGGGAACCGCCCUGUCGCAGAGCCACCCCUCAGGAAUCCAGCCCCACACACAGCUCCAGCUGCCUGAGUGGCUCAGCCGCCCCGCAGCCUCCCUCCUGACCGAGCUGCUGCAGUUCGAUCCUGCCCGACGCCUGGGCGCCGGAGGUGGCGGUGUAGACAAGCUCAAGGCACACCCCUUUUUCAGCAGUACCCAGUGGAGCAAACUGGGGGGGUAAGAGGGGCCAGAGUGGGUCAUGGAAGCUGCUGGACUAGUCUGGAUUUUCUCUCCCCUCUGCCUGUCACCCAGAGCAGGCCCAUCUCAUCAGUGACCCUUGGGCGAAGAAGGCAGGGCAGCUGCCUCCCACCACUGCUCAGCACCACUCUUGGGUGUUGUUAUAACCAUCACCACUGCCCAGAAGGGCCUGGGCGGCCUCCAGCCAGCUCUGGAGACCCUUUCUGGUCACUGCUAAGGGGGAGGGACAAGGAGAGCUCACCCGGCUGGGCAGCUCGCACCCCUCCGCCCAUCUGCUCUCCACCCACCAGCCAACAGCUCUCUGUCCCUUGACCGCAGACCUGCCAGGCUACAGGUGCCUUCCGCAGCCUGAGCUCUGAGCUCCUGACCGCCUGCUGAGUGGACUGCAAGCUCUCGUGACUCAGCAGCUGCUCUGUGCCCCAUGUGGGACAUCUCUGGAGACUCAUCUGAGGAUACGGGUCCACUGGCUCACUGGACACAGACCAGGGCUGCCCAGCCUGCUCAUGUUAGCCGUGCACCUAGGGGGCCUCUUCCCGCUCCCAGGCUCUGCCUGCACGGGGUGGGGGACUGGGAAAGCGGGGAGGCGGCUG